UCCUAGAUUGAUCCAGUAUAAGAUUGCAUAUGCAUCACACUCAGAGCAAGCCUUGAGCUGUAUGCUUUUUCUAUCUGUCUUCUUAAUUUUUUUAAAUCAGUGCUUUCAGCAUUCUAGUCUGCAGGAUUGAGAUAAAAAUAGCUGGCCAAGUUCACAAAAUAUCAGAUCCAAUCUUUAUUUUUUAGACAGAAACACCUGCUUGACAGCACAUUAGUUGGCAUCCUUUCACACCUGUGAUGCACAGUGUCAAAAGGCCUCCGUCUGCACAACUGACAUCUUUAGCUCAUGGUUCUGCGUAAUUCAUAUGUCUGCGUAACCGCCAACUCUGAUCGCGAACAGGAAAUUCUUUCUGCUUCCUCCAGUUGAUUGUGAAAAGGUUCUGGAACAUUUGCUGUUUUCAGAAGCACAAUGAGCUGCAAAUAUAGUCUCUUAUUUUUAUUCCUCUGCGGCUUCGCUGCGCUCACUGUUGCAGAGAUAUGUAAAACAGAUCUACUAGAGGGAAUGUCCUGCACCAUCAAGCUGCCAACAAAAAACGCUGACAAAUCUAAUGAGAUCACAUGGACCCAUCUCUCUGGUGAUGCCUUGAUUCAGUGGAAAAAUGGGAAGAUCAAGAAAAGCACUCCAGGUCUAACAAUGAAAGAUGAUGGAUCAUUAACAUUUGAAAGUGUCAGUCUGAAGAACACCGGCAAAUAUAGAUACACUGUUUAUAAUAGCGACGGUACAGAGAUUGAUGCUGGAGUUGAGGAAAUUAGAGUUUAUGCAAAAGCUCCUAAAACUACUUUGAAGAUCGACUGCAAAGAUGGGAAAGUUACACUCACAUGUAACUUUGAAGUCCAUCCAAAUCUGACUGUAUCCUGGUAUAAAGAAAAAGAGAAUAUCAAGCAGAAUGAAAACAACCAAAUACUGCUCUUGACAUCUGAUCAAUUAAAGGAGAAAAAGCCGUACUCAUGCAGUGUAGGCAAUCCUGCCAGCACCGAGCAAAGUAACAGCGUUACGUCAUGUUCAGAUACAGGUCCUGGAGGUGACUCAGGUCCUCGUAAACUCUUUGGCUUUGAUUUCUGGAUCAUGGUGAGCAUUUUAGCAGGCGGAGGAUCCCUUCUGCUGCUGCUGAUAUGUGUUCUGGUCAUCUGUGCGUGUCGAAGUUGUAAAACACAAAGGCAGCACGAACAAGAUGAAGAUGAGCUCAGGCUGAGGAUUUUUCAAGAUGAAGGUCAGAACGGUACAGCCAGAUCCAAACACACUGCUAGGGGGCAACCAGCGCCCCCCAUCCCACAAGAAGAGCCAUCUCCACAAAUCCCAACUCAAACCCAGACUCAGCCCAAAGCCCAGACCCGCGGUCGACCUCCACCACCGCCUGAGGACGAUGACGAAAAUCCUCCUCCCUUACCUCGGCCGAGGAAUAAACAACACCGCAAGAGACAUGAAGAACCGUACCGACCAAUGGAAUGAGACUCUUGUAUGUUCACUGAACAACAGUAACUCGGGGCCUUAAUGGAAUAAUUUUCAUAAGCCAUACUGCGAUGCUAAGAUUGUAAUUUAAGAAAUAGCAUGGUCAUGUACUCACCCUCAUGUUCUUCCAAACUUGACACCAAAGGAGGUCUUAGGCAGAAAAUCAAAGCGAUUCUUGUCCAUACGAUGAAAAGAGAUGGUGAUUUAUACUUAAGCUCCAUAAAUAAUAGUCCUUAAGACACUUGUGUGUGCUAUACUCAAAAUAUAACGCAAAAUAUUCACAAUCAAAAGAUACACUUUUUUAUUUUUUUGAAAUCAAGAAAACGUACAUAAUUAGCGAGUACAUAUGUGUUUACGUCAUAUUCGUAAAUAAAGGAAAGCAAUCAGAAGUCAGAAUAUCACUAUACUAAUAAGUGGAUCUAGCUUGAAGAAUUAACAACUGAAUAUUCAACCAAAAAGCUAAAAGGGAAAGCUAAAGUAUCCGUAAUAAAACAUGAAUCAAUAUAUUUUACAUAGAAUCCCAUUUGCUCUGUGUGCUGGCUAGGAUCACAAAAUGAUGUUUAGGUUGGUAACAAUAUUAGUUACUACUUUGAUCUGUUUGUUAUGGAAGCACGUUUCCGCCACUGAAUAAAAAAAAAAAAAAAAGAAUUGCAACUUUUUAUCUCACAAUUAUGACUUUUUUCUCGCAAUUCUGAAUGACACAAUCAGCCGAAUCGCAACUCAAGUGAUUAAAACAAUGUUACUCCGCGAGUAACGUCAACCGCUAGAGUUGUCUAGCUUUCAAAUAAUAGAAUACAGCGAAUAACGAUUUAAAUUGAAGUCUGUUUGUGAGGUGAACGUGAGUAUAUGAUGACCGAAUUUUCAUUUUCAGAUGAAUUAUUAUUCAGGUGUGCUAAGUAGCUUAUUUUCUCUGAGGUCUUAUUCGUGUCUUUAAACAUAUAAAACAAGAGACGUCUUGAUCAUUAUGCUGGCACAUCUGUAGAUGUACAUGCAUUGCAUUUUUAUUUAUUGACUCAACAGUUAUAUGGUUUUAACAUUAGAGUUUAGAACUCCGCUUAUGUUAAAUUAACCAACUUUUGUCCUAGUCUGCAUUAAGACAUUGAUGUAAAUAUAUAUGGGUUGUCACUUUUUAGAGUUACAAUUAACUUUAAGUAGAAAACAAAAGUAUAUAUGAGCUGAAUGAAACAGUAUUUUAUAGAAUAUGUUUUCCUUUUGUGCGUGUGUGUGUGUGUAUGUGUCUGUGUGUUUUAUGAGACCAUAAAAGGUAAAAAAUAAAGACAUAUAUUUUCAA